AUGAGUAGUAUAGUUAAGAAAUCUACUCAUUUCAUUCCAAAUGUUAAGAGGCCCGUACGGAAAAGGGGACACACGAGAACUCAACAGAUUGUAACACCAGAACCUACCCAGGAUAAAAAAGCAUCUCUUGAUGAGCAAGAUCAAGCACGUUCCCAGGAAGGUAUAGAUAAUACCCAGGUAAGAUCGUCUCAAUUAGAUAACAUAAAUAAGGUACCUGAAGGAAAUAUAGAGGUAGAAACAAGUGUGUCGUUAGAAAAAACGGCCAUAUCAGCUGCGAUAGAGAGCUCAGACGAAGAACAAGACUAUGAAGAAGAUGACGAUCAAGAGUUCAAUGAUUACGGAGAUAUUGACAUAUUCAAAAACAAUUCAGAUGAUAUAUCUCAAGCUCAUAGGCGCCUCUCUGGUAUUACGCCCAAUACACUCAGACACAGAUCAACAUCAGUAUCUAUGACACCAACGACACCUUCCAAGGGAGUUAUAGAUUCACCAAAAAGUAUUCCGAUGAGAAUUGAAAUCCCUAUAAGUAAACCAACUAAGCGGAGGAGAUCACUGGUGGGCGUUAGGCCCGGCACACACAAGAAAUCCUCGUUAUCAUUUGCUUCGUCGAACAUUCAUAAUUCAGAACAAUAUGCUGAAAUGGACGAAGAACAAGAAGACAAUUUGAAAUCAGCUUCCUCGGCUCUAAUUUCAGGGGACUCAAGAUUUAUUGUAGGUGUCGAUCCUGAGACAAACAGAUUAAGGAAGUUUAGAAUUUUAAGGGCAAAUGAAAACAGGACUGAUAAGUACUAUGAAGGCGGAAGGAAAAUACCUGUUGCACCAGAGGACUUGAAUACAAAUAUAACGAGUGCAUCUCAACUCCCCAAAAAGGUCAGGGAUGAAGACAUGGCACUUUAUGCUCAAGUCGGUGUUGACGUUGGCGAGAUAACUAUGGCAGAUCUUUGUAAACCAAACCUACCAAUUGGAGAGCUAAGCGAUAACUACUCUUUAGUGAAAGAAGCUCAAAAUAAGAUCAAGAAAGAAAAGGAACAAAGAAAACGGGAUCGUAGGAUUGCGCGUCAGAAAAGAGUGGCAUUGGAAGAAGUGAAUGGCCAUAAUGCUCUAGAAAACCAGGAAGUCAAAAAAGAAAAAGACUUGCUAAUUGAAGAAGAGCCAAGACUAAGCUCAACGCUUAAGUUGACUAUGAAAGAUGGAAAAAUUAGUUAUGACGAAGAUUCCACGGUGAGGGGCAGAAAUGCAAGACCUGAUAAUAACAACAAGUCUAGAGAAGAGUCAAAUCCGUAUGAAAAUCCAAUUACAUCCUCAACAUAUUCUAAAAGAAAGCAUACUGAUCGUUGGACUUCAGAAGAGCUCAAACAAUUUUAUGAGGCAUUGAGCACCUGGGGUACAGACUUCACUUUCAUUGCACAACUCUUUCCUUAUAGGACUAGAAAACAAAUAAAAUCGAAGUUCAAUUUGGAAGAGAAAAGAUACCCUGAGAUCAUAGAAAUGGCUCUAAAGAGGAAGUUGCCAGCUGAUUUUGAAAAAUAUUGUAAGGACUCCAAGAAUAAAUUUGAAACUUUGGAGUUUUAUAAUGAAGAAUUGAAGCAAGUAAGGGUGAAUCAUGAAGAGCAUAUGGACUUGAUCGUUAAGGAAAGAGAAAGGGCUAUGCAAGAAGACGCAGAAGCUAAUAGAAGAAGAGAAAUUGAGCUCAGAACAGGUUCUAAACCAUUACCAAGGAAUGAGAGGAUUAAAGAAUUGCGUAAAAACCAAAUGGUUAUUGGUACAAUUGAAGAUAUUAAAAAACAAAGGAAUGACUAA